UCUCAGUCGAUUGUCAACUGCACUGUACAUACUCAAUUGAUUGGCACCAUGCCGGCAGGGUCUCUGGUGUCCAAGGCGUGGGCUAAAUAUGGGAUCGACUUCGGAACAUUCCUGGUCAUCGCCAAGGGAGCGCUACCAGCAGUGAUAUGUGUUGCCAUGUAUGAGGCGAGGCCAGUUGCCAAUUUCUACACCACUCUGGGAUAUCUCAACAGCAUCGUAGCUGCCUUGGGCUUCAGCUUUCUGCCUCGAGCCAAGUUCCUCCAAAUGUCAAUUCUCAAUGCGAUUGGCAUAUGUAUGGGAGCAGCAUUCUCGCUGCUUAUUAUGUACUGCGCAACCCAGGCCCGGGUCCAUACGACUCCCCCAGAAGAGAUGGCGCAGCUGAUGCAGGCACUUUCCGAGUCCGCAUCAGAUCCUUCACAGGGCAGCAUACUGUCCCUGCCAUACAACUCCUCGGCUUCAGCAGUUUGCGGUAUCUGGCUCUUCUUCGGCAUCUGGAUAUCCACUUCCAUGCGAGCGAGACGCCCGCAACUGAUCUUUCCUGUCGUUAUGUUCAGUAUAGUCAUCAAUGUCUCUGCAACUUACGGCACUCUCCUUCCAACAAUGGAGAUGUGCGAGCUGUUUGUGAGGGAGGUACUAUUAAGCAUGCUCACCGGCCUGGGAGUAUCGUUUGGUGUCGGGAUAUUCUUCAUUCCCAUCACGUCCCGCGUAUCUGCGCGCAAAAUGAUUUUCGGAUACAUCACCCUGCUCAAGCACACCAUCCGUGCCGAGCAGGAGCAGGUGAAGCUUUUGAAAUCACGCCGGAUCUAUCGAGUUGAAACUUCAACUACAUCGGUGCAGAUGCCUUCAAACAAGCGCGCCAGUGUAGCGGACACUUUGCAACAGCUCGCAUCCACACAUCGGGCACUUGAAACGGAAAUCAACUGCAUCGCGCGGGAAGUAGAGUUCAACAGACUGAGUACUGACAAUUUUAGGGAAAUAUUUUCCAACCUUGGAGCAGUAGCGUUCCAGAUUCGAGGCCUUGAUACCAUUGCAGAUGCACUGGAACAGAACGCGACCAUCCAGGAGCAGCGUAUGAAUGAAGGUUCCGAUAUAGCAGGUGACAGGGGCAGUGAAGAGUCCAAUAAUAGUCAGCUAUCCGUGGCAAUCUACCGGAAUGCCAAUAGUUUGUUCACCGAGGUGGCCGGGCUAGUGGAGGAGUCCCUCGAUCAUUUCCUUAUCACCUUCCAAAUGGGGCCUUCUUCGCUAAGGAAGAAGCAGAAGCAUAACGGUACAGCCGAUGACACGCGCGACCCUUGCUAUUUGCCUGGCGGGGGUUCGUUUUCGACUUAUCUGGAGCAGAAGCUACAUAGUAUCCACACUCAGGCGCUGGAGAAUUUGCAGAAUGUACGAUUGCUUUCACAGCGACAGCACAAGGGCGGUAGCACUGAAGAUAUAUCUCAUGGCCUCGACGGUUCGAGUAUUGAAGAGCUGUAUCUUUUACUUCACAUGCAAGCCAUGCUUCAGUCGACUGGAAAAUGCGCUCUUAUAUUUAUCCACGCAGCCGACCGAAUAAGAGGAGAUGAAAAGGCGUUUAAGAAUGCUCUCCGAUAUCCGACUCUCCCAACAUUGAAGCAUUGGGUAGGCAGUCUGCUUAUGACACACACCACCGAUAUCUACAGCAUGGAUAGAUCGGCCAAGUUGACCUUUGGAGAUCUGUACCACGGCAUGAAAGAUGCUGAGCGCGAGCACCCUGAGACGUGGUGGGAGCUGUUGGUCUCCGGCUUCGAGAAGAUAUACCGUUUCCUAGGCUCCGAAGACUCUCAACUCGGAUUCCGUGCAGCAUGUGCAACCAUGUCCAUUGCAAUCGUGGCUUUUCUGGCAUCCAGCCAGGUGUUCUUCAUCAAGCAGCGCUUGAUAUGGGCGACAAUCACAGUACCUGUGGCUCUAACAACAUCUUCGGGGUCCGCCACUCGCGGCCUAUUUUGGCGAGUUGUUGGAACUGUGGCAGCAAUGGUUCUGUCUAUCGUCAAUUACUAUAUUGUGGAUGGAAGAACUGCCGGUAUAAUUGUAUUCCUAUUCGUCUUCCUCUGCUUCGAUAUGUACAUCAUGGUCAAGUUUCCGCGAUACCUGAUUGCUGGCUUGCUAGGCCUCGUUACCCAAGUUCUUAUCAUUGGUUAUGAACUGCAAGUCCGUAAGAUUGGCCAGCAAGUAGCAGAAACAAGCGGCCAGCCGGUCUAUCCGAUCUAUGAGAUUGCUCCUUACCGACUUCUCGCUGUUAUAGGAGGCUGCUUCGCUGCGUUCAUAUGGACAAUAUUCCCCUCUGCAGUCACUGAUGCGUACCGAAUUCGCACCAAGCUGGGCCUUUCAUUAGACUUGCUUGCCCAGUACUAUACAUGUUCACAAGUAGUAUGGGACAUUGACCUGAGAGCUUUGGCUGAGCCCGAUAGCCCAGCCCCAAAUGCAUGGCAGAGGGAAGAACUUGUCAAGAUGAGAACCAAUGUAUUUUCAGAGAUCCUUGUUCUUCUUGAGGAGGUCAAGCUACACUUGAAUGAUUCAUUCUGGGAUCCACGGCUGGGUGGAAAGUUUCCAAAGAAAAAGUACAGCGAAAUAACCUACCAGAUCCAAAGCAUCGUGAGCCAUCUUGGGCUGAUAUCGACCACGGCCAACUUACUACCAGACGCUUUAAAAGAAGAUGCUCGGCCGAAGUCAGACACGGAUUGGAGGAAUAAUCUCGUGCAGCUCCUGCUAUCGAGGCGGUCGGAUGAAGUUGUCUGUACCUUUUCGAUGCUCGCAUCAUCCCUAAGUGAUGGAAAGCCUCUUCCGCCUUGUUCUGUGCCAGCCCUAUACAACACCUCCCCUGACAUGAAUCAGUUAUUGCCUCUCGGCCAUAUGGCGGAGCCAGGAUUCAUUGUCUAUGCUGCUCCGCGGGUUGUUUCGGAACUAUGGAGGAACCAACUCCAGAGCGUUGUCGACAACGUUCGAUAUUUAGUUGGAGAAUUCAGAUUCUCCAUCCUGGAGUCGACCUACUAUGCAUAGAAACCAGAACAUAGUUUGCAGAGGAGAUGAGAUGGGGUGAGCAAUAUAGAAACAUCGAGCCCUGGUACAUACUACUGGCGGAUUGUAACUAUCAUGGAGAAUACCCAACAUAUUCUGUAUAAUGGGGAGUACAGUUAGCCAUACUACCCCCAAUACUGCUCAGAAGAAUUCAGCCAUGAAGAAUGUCUCUGCUCCACAUUAUUUGAUGGGGAUCACAAGGGCCAUUGUUCAACUAUCACCUGAAUUGGAGCAAAACUGAACAACGAAGCCACUGAAAUAACUGGCCCCCACUGCGGCAGGUAUUAGCACUUCACCAGCAAACUCGUGCGCCCACAUAUGCCCGUGCAAAAGUAGAAUCUGGGCCGCCCGUCCUAGAGGAACGGCGUGAGUGUGCAAGGACCGCCGUCGUAGCGCGAACAAGCAAACACCGGGGGUUGGGCUGGGCCAAGGUGCCUGUCUCUG